AUGACAGAAAUGGAUCCAGAAUCACUUACAAACGUUGUGUCUGAUCACACAUUAACUGAGAACAAUGUCUCGCACGAGAAAACUAAUCCAGAAGAUGUAUUUCCUCCACCAGCGCAACUCCACGAGGAAGACCCUGAUAUCGACAAAGGUUAUGCAUGGGUAGUAUGUGGUGCAUGCGUGCUAUUCAAUUUCUGUACAUGGGGUAUGAACUCCGGGUUUGCUAUAUACUUUGCAAAUUAUUUGACAAAUGGGACGUUUGAAGGUGCAACAAAGAUGGACUAUAGUUAUAUCGGAGGAAUGGCAUUUGGUGUUGGUGUUGUCUUCUCGCCCUUGAUUACAGUUAUACAGGGUUACAUUGGGUUCAAAAAUACACUUAUAAUUGGUAAUUGCUUACAGUUUACAGCUUUGAUGCUUGCCAGCUGGUCGAGAAAGCUUUGGCAGCUAUAUUGCACUCAAGGUUUGAUGCAGAGUUUUGGAUUAGCAUUCCUCUCGAUUCCUGCAAUAACUGUUUUACCGCAAUGGUUUAAAAAGAAAAGGGUCUUGGCUAUGGGUCUAAGCUCAGCUGGCUCUGGUCUUGGCGGUAUUGUUUUCAACUUGGGUAUGCAGAAAGUUGUCGACACCAAGGGUGUGUUUUGGGCAUUAAGAGUUCAAAGUAUUAUUGGAUUUGGCUUGACAUGGAUCGCCAUUUUUCUUGCCAAGAGUAAAGCUGCAAAACACAACAUUCAAUUUGAUUUCUUUAAUUUUUCAUCGUGCAAAACAGCUGGAUAUUGGUUGGUGAUGCUUUUCGUUAUAACCUGUAUUUUUGGAUAUGUGAUUGUUCUUUAUACUUUGGCAAACUUCACAACAAGUCUUGGGUAUAGUGAGAGACAAGGCUCGAUUGUGUCUGCCAUGGUGCAAGUUGGUUCGUUAUUUGGCAGACCCGUAGUGGGGUAUUUGUCAGAUAGGUAUGGCGCUGCAACAUUGGGUUCCAUUGUCUACUACAUUUCAGGUAUUUUUUGUUUGGCCAUGUGGAUCCCAGCACGCAACUAUGCCACAGUCAUUAUUUUUGCAUUGAUUAUGGGCUCGAUAAUGGGCUCCAUUUAUGCCAUAUUUGCUCCAUUAAUUGCAAGAAUCUUUGGACUUCAAAAGAUGAGUAUAAUCUUUGGUCAAAUUUGGGCUAUCGUGGGUGUUGCUGGUUUGUUUUCCCCCGUUAUUGGUGUUAAGUUGACCAAGGGCAGCGGUGCCGAAGUUAACCCAUCAAGUUAUAGAGAUUGUUCGAUUUUUACAGGUAUAAUGUUCUUGGCAUGUGCAACUUUUAUGCUCAUAAUUAGAGGUUACAUCAAAGCGAGGGAUCGGAUCUUGGUGGAAAAGGGUGACGAGGUAACGGACAUGAGGGAUGCAGAAAGUAUCACAGUACCAGUUGGAGAUGUUUUAAAACUGGUUUUUGCUAGAAGCAACGAAAAAGCAUAA